CAUUGGCAAUACUGAUGUUGGCAAUCUGUCACGAAGGGCACGUAAUCUAUAGGUGUUAGUGACGGACUGUCAAACUAAUGUUAUAUGUAUGUGUUCGUUUAUGUAAUUGACGAUAUGAAAUAAACGCAUUUUAUAAUUCUAUGUUUGUGGAGUAAUUUUUUCGUACGGUAAUAUAAACAAAAUGGCACAUUGGUUUCAUAGAAGUGUGUUCAAAGCCACAACACAAGUUAAUUUUGAAAUUGGGAUGGUAGCUUCAGAUUCAGAUGCAAUUAAAAUAUGCAGUGACUUGAAAGCAUGCAGACAGAGAUUGCUUGAACUUCUUCCGGAUCCAAAUUAUUCACCAGAUGCUGUUGAAUCAGUGUUUAACAUGUAUUUAUCCCUGUUGCAUGGUCUGUUAAUGGUACCUGGUGAGAACACCCCAAGUAAGAUGCAACAUAGUGUUCUCUUCAGGUGGACUCACUCACUGCUAGGAAGCACACCUCAGCUUCAACAGGACUCCAUGUAUGAAGCUGCUAGCAUGAGUUGCAAUGUAGCAUUUUGGUAUAUGAAACAUGCAUCCUUGAUUGCUUCAAAGGAUGAUGUAACAAUGGAAGAGGCAAAGGAAGUUCACACAAGUCUCAGAAAAGCAGCUGGUAUAUUCAAAUUGAUUGAGUGUGAAUUUAGUCCAAAACUAACUGAAAGGCAGAUGGAAGCGGGAGAUUUGGACCCCAGAGUGAUAUCUGCGUAUCUUACACAGUGCACUGCAGAGGCUCAGGAAGUGACAGUGGCAAGAGCUGUGGAGUUGAAGCACAACCCUAGCCUCAUCUCAGCAUUGGCCAAUGAGACCUUCAAACUGUUUAGUGAUGCAGCAAGGACUUUAGACUCACUUGGUGAUGUGGCUUCUCAGUGGAUCAAAUAUCUGCGCCUGAAGGCUGUUGUGUAUCAGGCAUAUGCAUAUUGCUUCUGUGGAGAGAACUUGCUAGGUCAGGACCGAUGUGGUGAGGCAGUCCGUGCGUUACAAGAAAGCCAGUCAUGCUACAACAGGUCAAUUGAACUGUGUAAAGAGUAUGCCAAAACGAAGGGACCAGCACCAAAAAUACAUCCAGAAAAUCAUAGUUUCUUCAAAAGACUGGCUCCUAAAAUACGGAUGAUACUGGAGAAAUGUGAACGAGAGAAUGGAUUUAUAUAUCACCAGAAGGUUCCAGAUGACCCUCCUGAACUAGAACUGAAGGCAACAUAUGGACUUGUUAGCCCAAAUGAAGUGCCUUUGCCCAAUCCAAGUCCACUGUGGACUCCAGUGUCCUAUUCUGCCUUUGAUACUCCAAAAUCCAGGGCUAAGGAUCCAGCAAAUUCAAACGCAGCAGCAAAGGUAGAGGGAAAUUUGCCACCAGUGCCAGAAGUUACUAUGUCCCAAACAUCCAAGGACCCAAAGACUAGCAGUGGCUGCAUUCUUCAGUAGUGGUGCAGCAAUCAGCACAGUGUUUUUGCUUAGCACUUCACUCUGCAUUUCUUAUCUAGUGUCUUUUAUUAACCAUCAAAGUGCCAGCAUCUCCCAGAAAGAUGAGCAAGAAAUCUGCUACAGUUGUCAAUAUCCCAGAGAAACAAUAUGUAAAUCAUUGUAAUAUAAACCCUUUUGCUGCACAUUAUUUGUUCACUGAUUUCUGUAAAGAAUAAGUUUUAAUGUAAAGCUCUGAACUAAUUAUUAGGGUUAGAUUGGUAUAAAUAAAAAUCAUAAAAAUUUCUAACAGACAUUAAA